GCAGCGGUUCAGCAAAGCGCGGCCAAGCCAUCUUCAGGCGCUGCUUCAACACCUAACAAAUGGCCCUCGCGCGAACACUUUCAAGAGACAGUCACUCUCAUAGUCGGAAAAUGGAAGAAGCCCUAUGUCGUGCACAAAGACUUGCUAUGUUUCUAUUCAGACUAUUUCCGUGCAGCUUUUCAAAGUUCAUUCAAAGAGGCUACUGAGCGCAAGAUCGAUCUCGUUGGCGUUACGCAGGACACCUUCGAGGAGUUCCAAGUCUGGCUCUACACUCGCAAGCUCGACUUUGAAACUCUUCGUUUCGACACUAUUGUCGACCUCUGGAUCUUCGGUGAUCAGCACCAAAUCCCUCUCCUCCAAAAUUAUACGAUUGAUGGCCUAUUCGACAAAAGAGUCAAGGAGAAUGCGUUUCCUACAUACGUGAUACCAUGCAUUUAUGACAACACUCCGGCGGACUCCGCGCUUCGCAGAGCUGUCAUCGAGAUAGCUUCUUCGCUCUCCCUUCAGGACCGCGAAAGAAAUACCCUGAACCCAGACAGGUGGUCGGUCGAGAGUCUGACUGACCUUGUGCGUGUACUCGACGCCCGUCCCAAAGACCUCAAGAAGUAUACACUGCCANAAAGAGGCACGUGCUUCUUUCACUCCCGCGACCUCUUCCACUUUUUCUUAUCAACCCUCAACGAACAUCCUAUCAUCAUCUGGUUGUGCCCACUGUCACCAUCAGGAGCUCUCCAUCUGAGCAUCAGCGUCGCUAUGUCAACGCAGGAGCAGCAAGGUGCAUCUGCGCCAUCGACAGGCGCUGUCUCGGUGCCCAGCAAGUCUCCUACAAGCGAGUACUUUCAAGGAAUGGUCACGAUCAUUGUCGGCCCUGACAAGAAGGUCUUUACAGCUCACAAGUACCUGGUGUUCUUCUACUCCGACUACUUUCGUGCAGCCUUCAAUGGAUCUUUUGUCGAAGCAACUCAAAACAAGCUCGAACUUUUCGACGUCGAGCAAGAGGUGUUCGCGAACUUCCAUUCCUGGCUCUACAGCCGCAACUUUCUUUCUCACGACGACUGUUUACGUUGCUUCCGCAUUCUCUUUAUGCUCUGGAUCUUUGGCGAUCGCUUCCAGGUGCCCAUGUUGCAGAACUGUGUCAUUGAUGAGAUCUUUUCCAAGGUGAGACGCGAUCUCAUGUUUCCUCUCGGCCUGGCUGCGUUUGUGUAUCAGAACACUCCAGUCGGAUCGCAACUUCGUAAAGCCGUCGUGAACAUCAUCGCAUUCAGGAUGGACGUUGGAGAUGGCGAAAAGAGUGUCAUGAAAGCAAAUAAUUCUCAGCACUACACCGUUGAGAUUCUUCAGGAUACCGUCAGAGAGCUUGACAGCGUCCGUGGAAUCAUAGUGCCUGUGGGAAAGCUGCCAAAGAGGGACCAGUGCUUCUUCCAUGUCCACGGCAAGGGUGAACACUGU